CUGGGGAGCGUGUCUUUGGCCCAGCCGUGAGUGACGCAUAUGAUGACCAAGGUGCUGGGCAUGGCAGCGAUUCGGGGCCCAAGAGCCCUGCAGGAGCCGGGUCCGCUGAUGAUCAGCCUCAAGGAGGAGAAGGGCAAGUGCCGGCCCAGUGCUGAGAUGUUCCGCCAGCGCUUCCGACAGUUUGGCUACCAUGACACCCCAGGGCCCCGCGAGGCACUGAGCCAGCUUCGGGUGCUCUGCUGUGAAUGGCUGCGGCCCGAGAUCCACACCAAGGAGCAGAUUCUGGAGCUGCUGGUGCUUGAGCAGUUCUUGAGUAUCCUGCCGGGGGAGCUGCAGGCCUGGGUGCAGGGCCAUAGUCCUGAGAGUGCUGAGGAGGCCGUGGCUCUCCUAGAAGAUCUGGAGCAAGAGCUGGAUGAGCCGGGGCAGCAGGUCUCUUCUCGAGGAGAACAGAAGCCAGCGUGGCCAGAGACUACCUCUGCUGGAACAGCGAAGGAGUCUCCAAGCAGCACUCAGCCUGAGUCUGGGGAUGCCAGCCCCAGAUACGAGUCAUGGGGGCCCCUUUACAUCCAGGAGACGGGCGAAGAACAGGACUUUGUGCCAGAGCUGAGGGAGAUCCCAGGCCGUGGCCCAGGUGCCCAGAACGAGAACUCAGCUGAGAAACGGAAUGCUGAAGGCUGUCAGAGGGACAUUGUCCCCGUGGUGAUCACCAGCCCAUGUGAGGCCAGGCUUGAGAAGCAGUGGAGCAACCCCAGCAAGGAGAGAGGAGCGACAAGUCCCCCGCGAGGCCCGGGGGCCAAGAGGGGAAGAGAUUUACUCUCCAGCAAGCCGGGUCCUGGCGAGCGGCGCUACAUCUGUGCUGAGUGUGGCAAGGCCUUCAGCAACAGCUCCAACCUCACUAAGCACCGGCGCACACACACGGGCGAGAAGCCCUACGUGUGCACCAAGUGCGGCAAGGCCUUCAGCCACAGUUCCAACCUUACACUCCACUACCGCACGCACUUAGUGGACCGGCCCUAUGAUUGCAAGUGCGGGAAGGCCUUUGGCCAGAGCUCGGACCUCCUCAAGCACCAGCGGAUGCACAGUGAGGAAGCCCCGUACCAGUGUAAGGACUGCGGGAAGGCCUUCAGCGGCAAGGGCAGCCUCAUCCGCCACUACCGCAUCCACACCGGGGAGAAACCCUAUCAGUGCACCGAGUGCGGCAAGAGCUUCAGCCAGCACGCAGGCCUCAGCUCGCACCAGAGACUGCACACGGGCGAGAAGCCCUACAAGUGCCAGGAGUGCGGCAAGGCCUUCAACCACAGCUCCAACUUCAAUAAGCAUCACCGCAUCCACACAGGUGAGAAGCCCUACUGGUGUGGCAGCUGCGGGAAAACCUUUUGCAGCAAGUCCAACCUCUCCAAGCACCAGCGAGUUCAUGGCGGUGAGGGUGAGGGGCUGUAGCGUACCAGGGUUUCAGUGGCUGAAUGGGAACCCUCAGUUUGUGGGCUGAACCCCCCUGGGAUGUUCUUACUUGCCAACUGCUUGGGACAGGGCCCCCUCUCCUAUCCUGACCCAGCGACUGAGUCGUUGUUGCCUUUGGUAAAACAGUAUAUGUGGCCAGUAUGACCAAGACCCACAAACUCUUGAACUGAACUAUAUCCCCAAAUGACUGUAAAGAAUCAAGCUGCACCAGACAGGACUGAACCCAGUUCAAACUGACCUGUGUAAUGGCUCAGACUAUCCCUUAUAAUAAACACCCUAGCUGGUUCUGA